AUGGCGGCGUGGCUGGGUCGGGUGUCGCUGGGCGACACCUGGUACAACAUGUACUCCCGACUGCUGAGGACCAAACCGGUGGGAUCCAUGGGCCACAGCUCGGACGAUCUCACCGAGCUGGCGGAGGGGUCAGCGGUCGGGCUGGCCAAAGUCCUGACCACCGUGGACCUGGUCUCCCUCGGGGUGGGGAGCUGCGUGGGCACAGGGAUGUAUGUGGUGGCGGGGCUGGUUGCCAAAGCGAUGGCCGGGCCUGGGGUCAUCCUGUCCUUCAUCAUUGCAGCGGUGGCCUCCAUACUGUCAGGUGUGUGUUACGCAGAGUUCGGUGUGCGAGUCCCUAAAACUACUGGCUCGGCGUACACCUACAGCUACGUGACGGUCGGGGAAUUUGUGGCAUUUUUCAUUGGCUGGAACCUGAUCCUGGAGUACCUGAUCGGUACAGCGGCGGGGGCUUCAGCUCUCAGCAACAUGUUUGACUCUCUGGCCAACCACAGCAUCAGUAACUACAUGAUCACACACCUGGGCACAGUCAAAGGACUCGGUAAAGGUGAGGACACGUACCCCGACCUUCUGGCCUCGUUCAUCGCCCUGCUGGUCACAGUGAUCAUUGCUCUCGGAGUGCGUAACACUGUAGGCUUCAACAAUGUCCUGAACAUGGUCAACCUGGUGGUCUGGGUCUUCGUUAUCAUCGCUGGACUCUUCUUCGUCUCUGCUAACAACUGGGAGGGUGGCAGGUUCAUGCCAUACGGCUGGUCGGGGGUGAUGCAAGGUGCAGCGACCUGCUUUUACGCCUUCAUCGGCUUUGACAUCAUCGCAACAACAGGAGAGGAAGCCAAAAACCCCAACACCUCCAUCCCUUACGCCAUCACUGCCUCACUGGUCACCUGCCUCACCGCCUAUGUGUCGGUGAGUGUAAUCCUGACUCUCAUGGUCCCCUACAACCUGAUCGAUGGCUCAGCUCCUCUCAUGGAGAUGUUCGCCGUGCACGGCUUCCUGUGGGGGAAGUACACUGUAGCCGUCGGCUCUAUAGCUGGUCUCACUGUCUCUCUGCUGGGGUCCCUGUUCCCGAUGCCCAGGGUCAUCUAUGCCAUGGCCCGGGACGGACUGCUGUUCAGGUUUCUGUCUCAUGUGACUGCACUCACACACACUCCCACGGUGGCGUGCGUGGUGUCAGGGAGCCUGGCGGCCGUCCUCGCUCUGCUGGUGAGCCUCAGGGACCUGAUUGAGAUGAUGUCCAUCGGCACCCUGCUGGCUUACACUCUGGUCAGCGUGUGCGUGCUGCUACUGCGCUAUCAGCCUGACGACCAGACUGACACGCAUCAGUUUGACUCUGAACAUCAGGACAUCGACUCCCUGAAGCAUGAGGAUGCCAAAGACAACCAGAUCCUGACAGAUAAUGACGAGUCAUCUUCUUACCAUGCCGGCAGGAUGGAAGGGGAGGGAGAUGACUCUGAUUUCCACACAGGCCACGCCUCACUGCUGAAAAGGCUUCUGGGAGGUCAUUACUACACCCUUCGGCUGCGUUUGGGAAUGCCCGAUGCGUCAGCACGACCCACCCCUGCCACCGGCCGCAUAGUGACCAGAUGCACUCUCCUCCUCUUCUUCGUGUCCUUCCUCCUCUGGUCCACCAUAAUAUUUGGAGUUGAGCAGGGCACAGGCGUUGGGGCGGUGUUUUCCGGAUUGAUGGCAACAAUGAUGGUGGGGUCACUGGCAAAGCUUUUGAUUAUGAUCAUACAGCAGCCAGAGAGUACAAGGAGUCUGCCCUACAUGGCACCAUGUGUUCCCUUUGUCCCUGCAGCAGCCAUAUUGGUCAACAGUUACCUCAUGCUCAAACUGUCUCCACUCACCUGGGCAAGGUUUACCAUCUGGUGCCUCAUAGGUCUGUUGAUCUACAUUGGUUAUGGAGUGUGGCACAGCACGCUGGAGCUGAAUGCUCGGGAGCAGCAGGCACAUGCCAGCUCCUACCAGCGUUAUGACGACCACCUGGAUGAAACCUUCUCCCCCAGUGAUGACCUUUAUCCUCAGGACCAGAACGAGACACCCUACCAGGGCUGGUCUGCCCCUGAGGAGAGAGGAUACCCCUACCAGCAGCAACACCAACACAAGAUGCAAUAUGAGGACCAAGAGAGUGGAGAGCUGGAGCACAGCCAGUGUGAAGAUAAUGGGGACCAGUAUGGAUACCAGUCUGGAUCAGGAGGCAGCAGGUCCAGGGGAAAGACCAAUUAUGGGUUUAAUGAUGAAGAGGAGGACUGA